AUGUCGCUCUUUCCUUACGUUACAGCCGUCUGCCUGUUUUAUACCCAGCUUGCGUUAGCUGCUACCGUCCAGUAUGACUUUAACAUCACUUGGGUCUGGGCGAAUCCGGAUGGCCUCUUUCCUCGUCCUGUCAUUGGCGUCAACGACCAAUGGCCGCCACCGCCCCUAAAUGCUGCAGUAGGAGACAUGGUCAUCGUCAAUGUCCUUAAUUCGCUUGGCAACCAGUCUACCUCACUGCAUUUCCAUGGCCUUUUCAUGAACGGAACUUCUCACAUGGACGGAACGAGCUGGGUCAGUCAGUGUGCAAUCGGCCCAGAUUCCACAUUUCAGUACAGGUUCACUGUCAAGCAACCAGGCGCCUAUUGGUAUCAUUCGCACACGGAGGCACAGUAUCCCGAUGGGUUAAGGGGCUUGAUGAUUGUCGAUGAUCCCGAGUCUCCGUAUCGCUCCGAGUACGAUGAUGAGCUCGUGCUGUCACUAUCGGAUUGGUAUCACGAUCCGAUGCCUACUCUUCUAUCGACUUACGAUCAACAAACCAAAAUGAUGGGUCGCGAGCCUGUCCCUGACUCAAAUCUCAUCAACGAUACUCGCGACGCAAAGGUCCGAAUUGAACCUGGGAGAACGUAUCUGGUCCGAGUUGCCAACAUAGGUGCUCUUGUUGGGCAGUAUUUCUGGAUCCGCGAUCACGUCCUAACGAUCGUGGAGAUUGAUGGUGUUUACACUAAAGUCGCGGAAACUGACAUGAUCUAUAUCGCUGCCGGCCAAAGAUACAGUUUUCUUCUGAAGACUAGGGAAGCGUCUUCGGCAAACUUCCCAAUCGUCUCACGCAUGGACAAUAGCUCUUUUGCCACCAGCAGUGACAAACUCAAGAGCCUCGAUGGCGUAGCCUGGCUCACCUAUGGCGAUGACUUGCCCAACUUGCAACCAGGGGAAGUCGACGAGCUCAAGCCGUUGGACGAUCUAACGCUGGCGCCCUACGAUGAACAGCCGUUGCUUGAAGUCGACCACAACAUCACACUCAACAUUGAUAUGCACGUCCGGGAUGAUGGCAUCAAUCAUUGGAUGUUUAAUGAUCAGCACUACGAGAAGCCAACACUCCCCUCCCUUUUUGCUGCACUUUCUUUUGGUCCUGAGGCGGCGGACCCCAAUACUUACGGACCUACGACACAGACGCACGUUCUUGAGCAUGGUGCUGUCGUCGAGAUCGAGAUGUCUAACAAGCAUAUGUAUCCACACCCGAUUCACCUCCACGGACACAACUUCCAAGUGACGCACCGGAGCAGUAAGUCACUCAACGACACUCCUGCCGACCAGGCGCCGAUGCGCAGAGAUACAGUCGUAGUCAACGGCCAUGGGACACUGAAGCUGCGGUUCCGGGCAGAUAACCCAGGUGUUUGGCUUUUCCAUUGCCAUAUGGAGUGGCACGCUCACUCAGGGCUAAUGGCAACUCUCAUCGAAGCACCAACCGAAUUGCAGAAGCAGCUGGCGGGCAAGGUCGAUCAGCUUAGUGCUGAUCCGGCGAAAGCAUGUCGAACAGGCCAUACGGAGACAGCGACACCAGAAUCACCACUCGAAGCUCAGCCGGAGUCCGGAGAAGAUGAUCAACCGGCGAAACAGAGUCUCGUCUGGUUAACGCUACCGAUGCCAAUCCUGGCCAUCGCGCUAGGCGCCAUCUUGAUGACGGUGAUCGUGCUAGCUUAUGUCUGCUUUGGUGGCAGGCAGUUCGGAUUGAGAAACGCUGCCUACUCCUUGGUACCGGUGACCGAUAUGGAGAACGAGACGAAAUAG